AGGGACCUCUAACCUGAUCCACGGACUUGGGACGUUCUAGCUUCUACAAUCGUGCUCGCACCUAGACAGGAUACCAUGCAUCUCUUCGGCCCUUCGCUCCUGCUCCUCGAAUACUUGGCUUUCUCUGACUCAUCUACAUGGAACAUUGACCACCCUGACACCCUCUACAGCUGGGAAGGGGCUUGUGUCUGGAUUCCCUGCCUCUACAGAAUCCCAGCUUACUCAAAGUCCCUGGACAGCCUCACCCUGUACCAUAAUUUUACGUAUGACAGCAUCACCAAGAACUUUAUAGGGAACAUCCUCUACAGCAGCAAGAAUGCUACUACUGUCCCAGAGAGGGUUCAAUUCCUGGGAGACCACAAAAGCAACUGCAGCCUGCGCAUCGAGCCAGUGCACGUCACCGACAGUGGUCAGCUGGGGCUGAGGAUGGUAUCAGGAACUCAAAAAUGGAUGGAAAAGAUAAACCUCAGUGUCUCUGAAAAGCCUCCUCCACUUCACAUUCAGCUCCCUCCGGAAAUCCAAGAGCGCCGAGAAGUCACUCUGACCUGCUCGCUGAAGUUCGCCUGCCCUGGGUACCAGAUCAAAUUGCAAUGGUCAAUGGAGUCACCGGCUGUCACCUCAACCUCCCUGGGCACCAAGAUUCUCUCCACGGAGAGCAAGCUCACGUUCCAGCCUCAUUGGACUCACAACGGGCAGAACCUCACCUGCCAGCUCAAGGAUCUUACCACAGAGAAGAUACUCUCGCAGGAAACGGUGCGGCUGAAUGUGAAGCACCGUCCGAAGUUGGAGAUCAAGCUCGAAGAAGCCACUGUCAAGGUGGGAGAGUCUGUGACUAUCACAUGUCAUGUCAUCAGCAGCAACCCAGAGCACCAAAAUAUAUCCUGGUUCAAGGAUAACACUGAGCUGAGGGUGCAAGAGCCAACCAGACUAACUCUGUCAGCAGUGAGCAAGGAGGACAGUGGAAAGUACCACUGUCAUACCUUCAAUGACGUGGGCUCAAGUGAUUCGAAAGACGUGGUCCUCCAAGUGCAGUUUACUCCAGAACCUUCCACAGUUCAGAUCAACCCCUUGCCAGCAAAGGAGAAAGAGAUGGUGGAGCUGACUUGUAUAUCAGUAGCCUGCCCUCCGCCAACAAAUUACACCUGGUAUCACAAUGGGAAAAAACUUGAGGGAAGGACAGAAAAGAAUUUCCAGAUCCCAAACAUCCUCCUCUCUAAUGCGGGGAAUUAUUCCUGCUCGGCAGAAAACAUUCUCGGUUCUGGAAAGGUUGGCUCGGAAGCUGAGUUGGAUGUACAAUAUCCUCCCAAGGGGGUGACCACGGUGAUUCAGAAUCCCACACCAAUUCGAGAAGGAGACGAUGUGACCCUGGUCUGUAACUACAAUUCCAGUAACCCUGGAGUUACUGAAUAUAAAUGGAGCACGCAUGUCUUCAAGAAUGAGUCAUUCCCUAAUGUGUCGAUGAUUCGAAAAGUUCCCUGGAAUGCCAAGACAAUCGCCUGUGAGGCCUGUAAUGGCUGGUGUUCGAAGUCUCCCUCUAUCAAACUGGAUGUCCAUUAUGCCCCCCGAGACGUCAAGGUCCUGAAGAUCAGCCCCCAAACUGAGAUCCACUCUGGGAACCUGGUCCUCCUGCAGUGUAACUUCUCAAGCAGCCGCCCUACAGAUGUCCACUUCUUCUGGAAGAAAAAUGGAGGCCUUCUGGAGGAAGGACGAAAUCUGAGCUUUGCCUCCAUCUCCCCAGAAGAUGCUGGUCAUUACAGCUGCUCGGUCAACAACUCCAUAGGAGAGACCACAUCUGCGGCCUGGAUACUCCAAGUACUGUAUGCACCUAGGAGGCUGCGGGUGUCCAUUGACCCACAAGACAGAGUGAUGGAGGGGAAGAAUGCAGUCCUGACAUGUGAGAGCGAUGCCAACCCUUCUGUCUCCCAGUACACCUGGUUUGACUGGAACAACCAAAAACUGUAUCAAGCUGGUCAGAUGCUGAAAUUGGAGCCUACAAAGGUUGAACACUCGGGUGCCUAUCGGUGUCAGGUGGCCAACCGGCUGGGCGUGAGCAUGUCGCCCCCCAGCACCCUCACUGUCUACUAUAGCCCAAAGACCAUGGGCAAGAGAGCGGCUGUGGGGAUUGGGGCGUGCCUGUCCAUCCUCAUCCUGGCAGUCUGGGGGGUCAAGCUUUGCAGAAGGUGGAAGAAGAUUCGAAGCCAGCAAGAACUUCAGGAAAAUUCCAGUGGGCAGAGCUUCUUUGUGAAGAAUAAAAAGGUUAGAAGAGUCUGCCUCUCUGAAGGGCCCCACUCCCAAGGAUGUUAUAAUCCAGCAAUGGAAGAUGGCAUUAGCUAUGCUGCCUUGCGCUUUCCUGUUGGCGAGACGGACAUACCAGGCGCUGGUGAUGUGGGGACUUCAGCCAGUGCCCCAGAUAUGGAAGACAUGGUCACUUACUCUGUGGUGCAGAAGCGUCAUGUGGGCGACUAUGAGAAUGUGCCUUCAGCUGUUCCAGAAGACGAGGAGGGGAUACAUUAUUCAGAGCUGGUUCAUUUUGGGACUGGGGAGCGGCCUCCAGCCCCGGAAGGAGUGGAAUACGUGACUCUCAAGCCCUGAUGGGCAGAACCGGCCGUGGUGGAGGUGCCCAGGGGCUGCACGGGAAGGGCUGUCCAGGAGCUUUCUUGAGCCCCUGCUGCUCAGUCACUAAGUUACAUAGCCUCCCUUCCCCCAGCACACACACACACGCACAC